CAACAGUUACUAAAUAUCUUUGAAAUUUUAAUAACCACCCUGGAAGAAAAACUAAAACGUAUAGACAGUCUUGAUAAAACAGUAGAUCAUAUAAUGAAAUAUAUGGAAACUUUGCAAAAUCGGGUAGUAAGCAACGUGGAAAAAACUGAUUUAAUUAUAUCUCAGCUUCAUAAAAUAGAAAAAUCUAUGUCUAGCGGCAUGCCUGAAAUCCAAUCACCUUGUUUGGAUUUUAUAAACCAAACCACAAAACUAGUACACAAUUCCUCAACCCUAUUAAAGGAACAAUUUGUUAAGUUGGAUCGAAAAGUAACUGAUAUAGAUAAUAAGCUGGAGGGUCUUAAAGUCCAAAUAGAUAAUAACUUGUUGCAAGUUGAGGACUUUAAUGGCGAAGCUAGCGAGAAAAAGGACGUCACCUCACACGUAAAUGACAUUACUAAAUCAAUAAGCUAUGAAGCAAUGACACAUGUGUCAUCUGAACUAAGCGACCUUCGCGAUUCAACUGACAGCAUUGAUAAAAAGUUACAGUUUCAUAUAAAUAUUGUUUCUGAAAAUAUUGGGAGAAUGAUGAGCAUGAUGCAUGAGGUUCAUUUUGCGGUAGUUGAUAGUAACAAACAAUUUGAAACUUUAAAUGUAACAACGUCACAGCCACCGACAAAAUCAAACAAACAUGAUGUUAUAGUUAAAAAAAUAAGACCAAUGGUUGCUAUAUCUGAAAAAAUUGAUGAAGUAUGUGGCGAAGUGGUAAACACAAGAUCAACGGUAGAUAAUCUUCUUCCCAAGUCGGCUGCUCUUUUAACACAAACUCAACGCCAAGAACGUGCAAUAGAUGAAAUCCAUCAAGAUCUUAAAACCAAAACGAACCUAAUUAUCAAUAACUUAGAUAUGGUUGAAAAACGAUUAAAAAAGCAGGAAAACUACGUUCAAAUAUUAGCUAAUCUACCUGAGGCUCAUGAGCUUGCAAAAGACAAAACGUUUAACGGAUUCGUGGAAUAUGAUUCAACAAACCAAUCUAUCUUUGAUGAAACUUUGAAAAGAGCCAAUUCAUCUUUGUCCCUCUCUUUCAUUCAACCGUCCAUAGGGACGACAAUAUCACCUACAACUGGAGAGAAUAUGCAGAGUCCAUUACAUGAAACAUCGACAAACACCAACGUCACUUACCAUAACGGUUCGGUAAUUAAUGGAUCUAAGUCAGCGAUUCGAAAAGAUGGACUUAUUUUUCCAAGCAUAAAAAAAAAGCCAUCUAUUAUAAAUACCACCAUUGUCAAUGAUAUAUUGGCGCUAAAGGAUCUUAAAGUUUUAACCAACGAUGUCCAGUAUUUGAUCAACAAGUUUGUGCCCCUAAGGACCAAGGUGAAAGCCAAUACAAAAUCCGUGGUUCAGUAGUGAAAUUAAAAACCUAACCA